GAUCUGCUGAGGCUCUCUGCCCCCUCCUGCUGCUGCCGUCCCCCUCUCUCAGAAGCCUCGCGCUGCUUCCGCGCGGCUCUCUGCAAAAGGACUCGCUGCAAAGCGACGAGAAGUCGAAGGAGGCUCCGAGUUUGCACCGCAGAGGAGGCUUUUGGCGGCAUUACCCCUCCCGGACCGAGGACUUGGAAAGCAGGAAGAUUGCUUGGUGCAGCUGCAUCGGAGAGAAGGCUCGGGAGGAGGUCAGACUGCGGGACACGAUGAGCGAGAAGGACACGGCGACAGACAAGAUCCUAACAGAUGCAAUGGCCAAUCCUUCUCCUGCAAAGAGCAUAGGUGACCCUGGCAUCACCCCCCUCUCUCCAUCUCACAUUCAGCAGAACGACUCGGACCAGGUGCAGUCAGGGCCGUCUUUUGUGGUGGUGGUAGCCAUCGACUUCGGCACGACGUCCAGCGGAUAUGCUUACGCCUUCACCAAGGAGCCCGAGUGCAUUCACACCAUGAGGCGCUGGGAGGGUGGAGACCCCGGCGUGUCCAAUCAGAAGACCCCGACCACCAUCUUGCUGACUCCUGACAGGAAGUUCCACAGCUUUGGAUACGCUGCACGGGACUUUUACCACGAUCUGGACCCGAGCGAGUCCAAGCAGUGGCUGUACCUAGAAAAAUUUAAAAUGAAGCUCCACACCACUCCGAACCUCAGCAUCAACACCGACCUUCACGCAGCCAAUGGGAAACGAGUGAAAGCUCUGGACAUCUUUGCAUACGCCCUGGCCUUCUUCAAGGAGCAAGCCUUAAAGGAGCUGAGCGAUCAAACAGGCGGCGACUUCGACAACAACGAUGUGAGGUGGGUGAUCACCGUUCCUGCCAUCUGGAAAAUGCCUGCAAAGCAGUUCAUGAGAGAGGCAGCCUACAAGUCUGGCCUGGUGUCCCGGGACACCCCGGAGCAGCUCAUCAUCGCCUUGGAGCCUGAGGCAGCGUCAAUCUACUGUCGCAAGCUCCGCCUCCACCAGAUGGUAGACCUGGCCACGUCAAACACCCAGAACGGCUUCAACCCCAACGACAACGUGGGGAGUGGAGUGAGCCAAGCUAAGGAGCAUGUUCGCCGCAACCGACAGAGCCGCACCUUUUUGGUGGAAAAUGUCAUAGGAGAGCUUUGGUCGGAGCUGGAAGAAGGUGACCGGUAUGUGGUUGUGGACUGUGGUGGAGGAACGGUGGACCUGACGGUUCAUCAGAUUCGACUUCCAGAGGGACAUCUAAAAGAGCUCUACAAAGCCUCUGGAGGACCCUACGGCUCCAUUGGCAUUGAUUUUGAGUUUGAAAAGUUGCUGUGUAGGAUCUUUGGCCAGGAUUUUAUCGAUCAGUUCAAGAUAAAGAGGCCGGCUGCCUGGGUGGACCUGAUGAUUGCCUUUGAGUCCAGGAAGAGAGCAGCGGCUCCUGACAGAACCAACCCCCUGAACAUCAACCUGCCCUUCUCCUUCAUCGAUUACUACAAGAAGUUUAGGGGUCACAGUGUGGAGCAUGCCCUGCGCAAAAGCAAUGUGGACUUUGUUAAAUGGUCGUCUCAGGGGAUGCUGAGGAUGAGUCCGGACGCCAUGAAUUCCCUCUUCAAACCCACUAUAGACCACAUCAUUCAGCACCUCACUGAGCUCUUUGAGAAGCCGGAGGUGUGCGACAUUAAGUUCCUCUUCCUGGUUGGAGGUUUUGCUGAGUCGCCCUUGCUGCAGCAGGCCGUGCAGAACAUGCUCCAGGGUCGCUGCAGAAUCAUCAUCCCUCAUGACGUCGGUCUUACCAUCCUCAAAGGCGCCGUGCUGUUCGGCCUUGACCCCAGCGUCAUCAAGGUCCGCCGCUCCCCGCUGACCUACGGGGUGGGCGUCCUCAACCGCUUCGUGGAGGGUAAGCACCCGCCAGAGAAACUCCUGGUGAAGGACGGGACACGCUGGUGUACCGACGUCUUCGACACCUUCAUCGCCGCUGACCAGUCUGUGGCGUUGGGUGAGAUGGUCAAACGGAGCUACACGCCAGCAAAGCCGUCCCAGCAGGUCAUCGUCAUCCAUGUCUACUGCUCCGAAAAGGAGAGCGUGAGCUUCAUCAGCGAGCCCGGGGUCAGGAAGUGCGGGACCCUGCGCUUGGAUGUGAGCGGAACAGAAAGCACAGCCCAGCGCCGCGAGAUCCAGACACUCAUGCAGUUCGGUGACACAGAGAUCCGGGCCAUGGCGGUGGACGUUUCCACCGGGCGCACGGUCAAGGCUGGCAUUGACUUCCUAAGCCAUUAAAUACAACCUUCAGAGAGAUUCUGUUCCAGAGGUCCUGGGAGCAGCGAGAGGGAAAUCAUGCAGCUUACACUCAAACACACAAGAAGUGGUGAUCCGCGGCUCAGUCACUCUCUGAUGAGCUCCAGUAAACAAAACAGAACAGCUGAUCUUAGGCUAAAGCUCCUACCAGAGAAUUCUAAACAAAAUCAGUUUUAAAACUGUUUGUUCAUCCAUGGUAGUACAGUGUUCCCUCGUUUAUCGCCAAAGGUGCGUUCUAAAAAUAACCCACAUUGGUGAAAUCUGCACUGUAUACAACUAAAGUUGUUUUAAGGCUGUAAAGCUGCUCGCUACACACUUUAUGCUCCUCCAUCACACAGAUAUGAACAUUUUCUCUCCCGUUGAGACUCAAAGUUUAAACCUUCAUAGAAAAAUAAGUCCAGUAUUAUAGAAUAAAAACAAAGAUCUGAUCGCGAGGAGGAAGUUGAUUGACAGUAUCCACAGCCAAUCAGAACACAGCACAAGUUAAAAAACAAAGCAUGAAAGGUUGCUCUGAAGAAUUCUGCAAAACGGCGAGACCGUGAAAGAUGAACCGCCAUGUAGCGAGGGAACACUGUAAGACCAUUUCAUCCUCCGUCUAAAGGCGUUGUGUUGAGCUUGAAGGCUGACUCAUUUUGAUUCCUGAUCCUUCCAAAGCCAUAAAGUGUUUCAGGACAGCAGUCCAGAUUGAAGCUGUGAAUCCACCGGAUGGUUGUUCUUCUGAGUUUCUUAGUCACAGCAGGUCAUUGUUUAGCCGUUCAGUUUGCUUCCAGCUUCACGCUGUUCAGAUGACAGCUCUGCGUUUAUUUAUACGCUUUCAAUUUAUGGAGAAAUUAGUAUUGGGUUUAAAAAUGAAAAUACUAUUUAGUGUGCAGUUUUAGGGGGCUGUUGCUGAAGUUCUGCUUGAUUCCGUCCUUUGUCUGAAGCACGUGUCUGUGGUUUCUUUGUUUCUUAACCGUAGCAUCAAAUUCCUCUCUUUAAGUCAGACAGUUAUUGAGCCGUGGAGCUUUUCUUAGUCGUACUAACCACAAAAGCAAAACUUUUCUGAAAGAAAACCAGGAGGAAAUCAGAAAUAUGAAGCUAAAUUGAUGAAAGAAUAAGAAUGUGUAACUGAAAAAACAGAAUAAAUGGCUAACUUGAAACAUGUUUUUAGCAUUUAUUAUUAUGUAAUCACAAGUAUUUUAAAUCUAUAAUUUAUUAUGUUUAGUAGGUAUUUUUCCUACUUUGAAUGGCACAUUCUGCCUUGUUUUGCUUGUCUUGAGGAUGUUAAAGUGUGCAGUUGUGGUCAGCGACUGAAGGAAAGCUGUAGUUUUGACUCUAGAGUCAAGAGAAAUGUGGAGAACAAGUUUGGUGUUUUCCAGAUGUGAGCUUGCAAAGCUGCAAGACUUGGAACACAGGAAAACAAGUCAAAGGCCUCACAAAAAAGUAAGGGAUUAAUCUGAUUAACUUAUCCGUUUGUUAGUUUAGCUUUCUCACUUUCUAUUUCUGCAGACUGUUUUGUUCUCCUGAUGCAAAGCUCUGCAGACAUUUGAAUCCUGAUCCUGGAAAGUUUUCACUACUACUCCUUGUUAAUGAUGUCCACUAACAGCAAAAGCUGCUACCUGAAGUCCUGUUUUCAGUGCUGCACAUUUGAUGAGGCAGAGAAUACAAUCCCACACGUCAGAUUGUGUGGUCAACAAAGCAAAGUGUGGUCCCCUGAAGAAUGCCAGGAAAGUUUGACCCACAAAUGGUGAAUUCUGGGGCUGAAAGUGGAGCCAUCAAACAUGCCUAACUGCCGCCUGUAUGCGCUCAUGCAUCUGCGCUGUGCACAUACGCUUUCUCCGCUCUCCAGCAUCCUCAGCUCUGCUGCGAUUGCAUGACGAAGACGCCGAGCCAAAUGUAACAAGGGAUUUCUGUAAAUACAAAAAAGGAAAUACUGUACAGAUUUGUAACAUUGUUUGAGCAGCUUUAGAAUCCGAGGACGUGUGGUUUUUCAUGGACAUUUCACAGCUGUUUUUGGCACCAGCCAUGCAUGCCGGGCCAAGACAGAUGGAUGUGUGGCCUUGUUUUUAUUUCUUGAAUACCUCGUUUUAGGGAUCUUCAGUGACGUGGCUUUGAAUCUGUUCACAUUCAUCCUGCAUCCCAUCAAUUGCCUGAAGGUGUUUGACACAGAAAUGACGAGCACGCCAGUUUUCCUCUAUCACUAGAAAGAACUGAAGCCAUGGACGUUGGUAUAGCAAUGAGACUGUACUUAUUUUUACACUGUGCACCAGUUCCAUCCUCUCUAUAAUGAAAACUUAUUUAGGAAAUCCUUACUUCAACUGUUUGAUAUGGACACCAAUUGCUGUCAAGAUUACUCAGCCAAUCAGAACACAGAGGUUCUUUCUUCUGAACCAGAAAUCACUGAGAAUCAAACUGAAGUCAUAGACCAGCAUUAGAUCCAUGCACCCAAAGAGUUGACACUGCAGGUUUGAUCUUUACUGCUGCUCCCCACCUGCACAGGAAAGGAUAGGAUCAUGUAUAAAGGUGCGGUAAAAGUCAACACCGACCCCUCCCUUUCUGCUGUACUCUCCUGGAGAGGCCUUUGGAAGACCAGACAGAGAAAAGAGGCUCUUAUAGUCUAGAAAGCAGUCACUCGUCCAACAGCAAUCACUUCAAACACGCCCACAGGCGUGUUUGAAGUGAUUGCUGUUGGACGAGUCAACUGAUCUGUUGGUUUGAUCAUCAGAGACGUUCAGAGGUCAAAUCAACCAUCAUCAACCAACCCUUUUUCCUCAUCUUUCUGUAAACUUUGUAUUUUCCAACAACCAACCUUACCUUCUGAAAAACUACGUGUCAGACGACAGGAACACAAAAACCUGGAUUCUUUACCUGAACGCAGCAUCACCAUGCUUCUCACCUCCAAAGGCACGCAGUGUUUACACAAGUUACCUAGUCAUUCUAUUCGAAUAACAGUUCUUGAUCUGAGACCUUUUAAACGUGUUCUUUAUAAUCCUCUGUUUUCAUGAUAUAUUUUAGUAAUAAAUUGACCAAUCAGAUGCCGUAAUAGAAGUAUGUGGUCUCACGUUGAACCUUCAAAACGUGUGACUGACAGAUUUUCCUGAGCCCACUUUCAAGUGGUAGGGGGUGUGGCCUUCCAUCCAGCUUACUACUGAUUGGUGAGAGCGGUUGCCAUAGAAACACUGAUGUCAUCUGGCUCCAGCAUGGCGACAACCCUAUCACAAAAAAAGUUGACGUCAUUUCAUUGGAGCCAGAAGUGAGAGUCAUUUUCUGUGACACCAUACUCACUCGGUCCAGUUCUCAUUUACAGUCAAUGGUUGUUUGCUUCUUCGUGAAACAAAUGACCUCCUCCAAGUGCAGCUACUGCUUUGUUUUUAUGGCUUCAUCCUCCUGCCAUUGGCUCCAACUCAAGCUAACUUCCAAGCAAUCAACACUGGACUGAUUGUGAAACCAUCUCCAGGAGCAACACUCUGCUCUUUAGACUCCCUCUGAUCGUGUCUGCUUUGCUUGAACCUUUAAACUCUUUGUGAAGUGAGACUGAGUCCUAUCGACACCCGUGCUGUCAUGAGAGCCCAUAAGAAAACGUCAUGCUUGCCUGCUCGGUGAUUCAUUGACAGAACAUGCUGCACAUCAUGAGGUGUAAAAGGGCAAAAGAGAACUAGAAAGACAGGAUGAUGAUCAGCUACUUUGAUCAGUUGCUUGAGGGUUCCUGAAGGCCUCAUCCUUUUUUGAACUGUGAAUUAAGUCUUUUAUUUCUUCUCUGUGUAGAAAGCUGCACAUGCUGCAGCGCCCCCUACUGUCCUGUACUCUUACUGCAAAGCAUGACUUGCAUGUGCCACAUCCAGCCGAAUGAUCCAUCCAUCCAACCGCCGAUGAUGAUGAUGAUGAUAUGAUCUUCACCUUUAACGCUGCCAGGGCUGCACUGUCUUUGGAAAAAAUCCAAAUGUUUUGUACACACCGGAUCAGGCGAGCAACAGUUCAUGACGUAUUGUGGUUUAAACAAAACCGAUGACAGAAUCCAGUAGUGGUCUCAGGGGAAAGCUGCCUCCUGCUCCUUCAGAGUGACGAGGGGCAGCUAUGUUCUUCCAGUUAGAUGUGAUAACUGAUCAGCUGAAGCUCUGAGCAACAUUUUUGUGUGAGAGCAGUUAGAUCAUUUUAAUAUUGUGUCAAGGAAAAAAGGCUACAACAAAAGUCUAAAAAAAAAACAUUCAUAUCCACCUGAGAAGGGUCAGUGGUCAUUUCCAGACCAUAAUAUGCAGAAAGGAUGCACUAAAUUCUUCAAAUAGUCAACAUUAUUGCCCAACGUCAGACCGUACUGAGAAAACUGCAAAGGGAAAAGAAAUUCAAGAGUGAAAGCUCAGGCCAAACGCAAGUUUGAGACAGAGGGAAGCUGUAAAGCAUGGUGGUGGAGGGUUGAUAAUUUGGGGCUUGGUUUGCAUCAACAGGACCUGAACACGUUCCUGUCAUGACGUCCUCUUUACAGCAUAGUAUUGCAAAGGUAAAAAUCAAUAGUGGGUGACUCAUAACAUGAAGCUCAGCAGCAAAUCUAGUUCUAUGAAAUCCUGUUGUGGGACAUAAGAACAGAUGUGUGUAAAUGUUAAUGAAGUGUGGUUCUAAAGAAGACAGGGGUCAAACCCCUUAAAGAGAUGAGAGCUGAAGGCAUCAGGUUUGUUCAAACUGUUGGAUUGUGGGGUGUUUUCACAAACUGCAUCUACACUUAUGUUUGGUUUUUGUUCAGUAAUGUAAAAACCAUCUUUUCAUCUUUUUUGAAAGAUCUUCAGAUAAUUUAGUUGAAUGAUUUUGUUUAUGCCUUUUUGAAUGUAGUAGAUCCAAACUAAUGAAGACGAGUUUGAAAAAGACAAUAAAACCCACUUUCACAAGCUUCCCAUAGAACUCCUCUGAGCGUUUUGUGCAAACACGAGGCCGACAUGAUCCGCAGGUUCCUCCUUUGCAGCAUCUUCAUACCCAAAGCCUCGUUAAAUUCAUUGGGCUGUCAUUCAGCUGGCAUGACAAAUGUGUGUACUCAGUCACUCUGAAGCGAAGUGGUUCAGCGUUUUCAGAAGGAGAUCAGCUGACUUAAACCAUUUAGAAGCUCCUGCUAAUUAUUGUUCAACAUCUUCAAAUAAUCCGAUGUAAAAGUGAGGAAUAGCUUAUAGUUCAGCCACUCCUCUAUUGCUAAUGCAGAGAUGCUUGUUUUCUGUUGAGUUACGUGGUCGUUCAGCUACACCGUUUUGGUUGGGUUUUGAUUAAUUCCAUGUAUUAACCUGUUAGGAAGUCACCAAAUAAACAUGAAUAUUUCAAAUGA